AUGAAGGGCGACGCCAAGGCCCAGGAGCACUGCCAGCAGCAAUUAGGAGGCCUGAUGAAAAGCUUGUUGAAGGCUUGCAAGAAGGCCAAGCCCAGGUCGAAUUUCUUGGGUGGUGGCUCUAUUCUUUUGCCGCCCAAGAACUGCAACGAGUCCGUGAAGGACCUCUUCUUGCACGGCCAAGACUUAUUGAAGGUGGAAACGAGCCAGGUGCCACAGCAUGAAAAACUGCCCUUGCUGCAAAGUCUCCGGUUCUUGGAACAGUGGCUGGUGAAGCUGGCCAAGCUACCCACGGCCAAGAACGAACCAGUUCUGUGGGCCGGAUUCUGGACCGAUCCGGAUGCCGAACAUGGACAUUUGCACCGAGCUUCUAAAGAGACGUUGCAACGUUUUUCCCGUCUCACUGAGACAAACACCAUACAUCCUAGCACCAAAUUGGGUCGGAUGAUUGAACAGUUCAAUGAGCUCGACCAGUGCAAGGGCGAAUUGGCUUGGAAACUGACAGGAAAUUUUUGGUCGUUUGCCAGCUAUUCCUUUGUCCUUGGAAUGAAGAGGAAAAAGCAAGGAACGGUGAUUGCUCUCGUCAACAAAGACUUGGAGGGCCCCAGAUCCUUGAGCAAGUCUGUGCUGUUUCAACAUGAAGUGCCCACGCUGGGCGCCGCAGCCUGGGGGCCUGGUUUGUGGUCACCCCAAGUGAUUCUCGCAUUGAUUUGA